UUUCAAGCAAUGACUUCAUCGCUGAUUAAGCGAGUGUUGUCCCUUUGUUAACAACAGUAGGAUUAUGGGAUGCGUUUACGAAUGGCGGCCGUUUAUGACGUGCUUUAACAUGACAAUAUCGAAGGCAACCCAUUUAUACAAAAAUAAUGCAGUCUAUGACUCUGCAUCACAUACAAAAAAUGGACUGCAUGCAAUGUUAUAUUUGAAUUGUAUAACGUUGUGUUUACAACAGGCUUUGUUUUAUGGCUAUCACCAAGAUUCAUGAAUUUGAACAGGUGCCUGUGAUAAUGAUUCAACCACGUCUGAAUACAUCUUUCAGUUUGUAUAUGCAUUUUAAUUCCAUUUAAAUACCUGGAAUUAUUUACAGUUUUUGAUCCACCAGGAAUGCAACUUGUUAGUAUUAAACGCCAAUGGUUUGAUGCAUUGGCAUAGUAUUAAACGCCAAUUGUUUGAUGCUGUUGUCGCCUUGUAACUGGACGCUGGGGGCAAUAGAGCAAAGUGAAAAAUGCGUGUAGAUUUGGAAGUUAUUGCGUCAACUACCAUCAAAAGACAAAGACCAUGGCCACGCAUAUGCUGGGUGGGAGUGGAGAAGCAAAGUUUGCUGCUUGUGGACAAGAAGAGAGUCAGUGUACUGUACAUUCCAUCUGGAAAAACUAAACAUAAAAUUCCUCAGCUGUCAAAUGUUAUUGUUAAUAGUGUCUGUACUACCACCACACCCAGUGGUGGACAUCUAGUUGGUCUGCAAAAAGGUGGAGAAGUGUUUGUCUGGAACAAGGACAGAGAAGACAUUAAAACCAUCUGUGGUUUCUCUUCUUGUCUAAAUGUAUCUGCUCUGACACCAGGCUGCUGUCAGAUUUUUUCUAGCAAUGACAUCAGCAAAGUGGUUGUGGCAGUGAACAAAAAUCGGUUCUUCCUAUGGCAGCACAGUCCAGCCAGUGCAUAUCUGGAAGGAAAAGACCACAUCUUGGCUGGGCAGUGGUCCCAAGUGAUGGUUCCUGAAAGCAUGGAGAUGCCUAAAAUGAGCAAUCAUGAAGCUUGCCUGAGUGGAAUAUUUACUAGCACUUCUGUUAUGGGAGAUUGUUUUGAGCUUUCAGUUGUCUUCAACAUAAAUGGUAGUUUGACCAUCUGUUCACUUGUGAUACACUUCAUGCCCACGGAGUUACCUGAAGACAGCUGCCCUUCUGUUAGCAUUCAGUGGAAAUGCCUGCAGCAUUCACUUCACAACAUUUCUCAAGGAUGUGAAGCUAUUAACGUCAGUGGUGUAUAUGUGGCACAAUACAGCCAUGAUGGCAACAUGCUAGCAGUAGCAGUUAACCAGAAGUCCCCAGCAGACACAAGUAUUCUUUACAUAUCAACAUUUACUGACACUCUGCUGUCAUCUGAGAUGAAAGGCUGUGGUGUAAACAGCCCACACACAAAGAGAGGAAAGCAAUACUGGGUAUGUGACAUAGCAUGGACCUAUGACAACCUCUUCAUUGCCUGUAUGCUGGCCAAUGGAUCUGCUGCCCUGCUGUCACGCCUAGGUGAACCAUUAAUCAUAGCAACUCAUGGCUGCUCAGUGGAAAUGGGACCUUCCUAUUUCCUGCCUCUUCAUCCAUUCAUUAAUGUCGUGAGUGAUGGUAGCCGCAGUAGGCUGAAAGAGGAAGAGUUUGAGCCUUCAUCAGCAGAAGAUGCCAAAGAAGUGAUGACGCAAUGCUUCUCUGUGUCAGCCCACCCAUCACUGCCUGUCAUUGUGUUUUCUGAUGGGUUUGUGGUGACCUUUGUCCAACUCCCUGGGGACAUAAGCACCUUUGUUCUUAUGAGGAAUCUUGUGCUGGAAUCUUCUAGGCACCUUCAGACUGUAGCAGAGGCUCAUAACCUCUCUUUGACCAUUGUCAAUGCCUAUAAUCUGCCAGCCAUGGAACUGCGAGGGAAAGCAUCACCACGCAGACCAAAUUCCAAGUCAGAGAAUAAGUUUCACUUUUCAUUUGAAGAGCCAGAUGGAACUUUGAAUGCAACCGUUGAUAGUGAGGCCAGCUCUGUGUUUGGUAAUAAUGCUGUGUUUGGGUCACAUUUAAAAGCUGGUGCUAUUCAGAACUUUAACUCAGGAAGGAUUAUAUUUGGGGACCCAGAUCUUAUGCGUAGUAUUGUUGACAGUCCUGGGAUCACUGGGACAGAUGAUGAUGUCUUGAAAGCUGUUGUCUCAGCCAAGUGUGCCCUGCUAACAAUGUGGAAACUGGCGGUUUCUUCAGCAGAGGUGUGGACAGCCAACAUGGAUGAAGUUGUAAAAAAAGGAAUGGAAAAUUUUGUACGAUUAUUUUCUACAAUUUUAGAUAAACAACAAGUGUCUGAUGCACUGAACAAGCAUAAAAAGGACAAUUCGUCCACUGGUAUCCAGAAUCCCAGCUUGUUUCAGGUAAUCAGUUUAUACAGGCAUUUGCUGGAGAUCGCUCAUUUUGAUGCCCUUCAGCAGCACCUGCUGCACAUUAUUCUGCAGUUGGCACAUCGCACUACCAGCACAUUGCUGGAAAGUCAGACUCUACGUCAGUCAGACCCACGUCUCAAAACAUUGUCAGGGUGCUUCACUCUCUUAAAAUUUACUGAAAAAAUUCUCAGCUCCUUGUAUGUGUACCUUCCAAAAUCAACACCAGCAAACAGGGACAGCCACAAAGGUGCUGCUGGAAGUCUGCUCAGUCAAGAACCUGUUAAUGAAAAUGAAAUAAACCAGGAAACUGACAAGGAUGAACCAAAGGAACAGAAAAGAAGUGGGCUUGCCUUUGACACGAGGCAGCUUGUAACCAAAAGACUAGCUGGAAGCUGGAAGAUGCUGUAUAAGGCUGUUGUGAGUCACCAGCAGGAAGCAGAUGAUGAACACGAGUACCAGCAGACAAGAACUCUGCUCUUUGCCAUCCAACAGUGCCUGCAUGCUGUCAAUGCAAGCAUCCCACAAGCUUCAGCAUUAUCCAUCAGCAAAGGUGACAGGCUGAGCCUGGAUGGGAAGCACACUCUUGCUGUGAAUGCUUGGAAAGAGCAGCUGAGGAAUUUUCAAAAAUCUGGAAAUGAGAAAAAUGCAGCCAAGCUUCUGCACUCACUGCUGUACACACACCUGCACAAGUUGGACUUACUGUCAGCAGUGGAGAUGAUAGACAAUCUGGUUGUGCAGGAAAAUGUCCAAACAGCACUCCAGUCUAACUCUCACAGAAAUGCUCCUGUCCAUCCAUCUUUCUUGACAUUUGUCACUAAUGCUCUCAAGUCACAGGCUUUCCAUGAGCCAGAUAUGGUUCCCUGCAUCCAUGACCGAGCUAUCCGACAGGUGGUUCAGACUUUGGGUCGCUUUAUGGCUGCGUACUUCAGUAACCAGCCUGUGUACAUUUUCCCUCCUCAUAAUCCACAGCCACUGCCUUCCAUCCACUACCAGGUUAAUAGCCUCAAUAAUCACAUUUUGCCAAAAUAUCACAAAGACAUUAGUGCCAUGAUCAGACAGCAAAAAAUAUCUGGCAUUUGGACAGUGGAACGCUCCAUGGAGUACCUUCUCUUGUCUGGACUAAUCUGUGAGGCUGUUUGGUUUGCUGAUCAGAUGGGCAACUGGAAAACCGCCUUUCAGCUUGCAUCAGCCUGGUCUCUGCACCAUUCUAUAGCUCCUCAAGUGUAUAUCAAGCCUAUAAAACCCUUGAUGCUACCAGAGUCUCUUACACCUCAAGAAAUUCUUCACUCCAAGCUUGUUACAUUGAUUGGCAAUUCAAGGGAUUCAACAGAUGUGCUUAUUAGUGACAAGACAGAUGUGGUGCAGCUUACAGCAACACUAGAAGAUGUGAUGAUAGCUGGAGUGAUGGCUCAGGCAGAGGUGGCUCCUCGCCUCUUGGCAGCCCUUGUCUCUCAUCUCAAGACUGUGGUACAGCAGUUCGCUCCUCUUGUGCCAGCAGAAUUUUAUCUACCUUCACCACCUCUGUACUGCCCACAACCUGCAUCUUCUCCUGAAGUGGCCAAACUGGCCAGCAUCCAGAAGGAGAUGUCCUUACGGCAACAAAUAUCGUCCCUGGUGCAACUGACACUGGCUGUCAUGAAUGCCGCACACGUUUCUAUUCCAGCUCUGCACUGGUAUAUCCAUCAACUAGCUGUAGUCCAACCAAAGGCUCAGCAGUUCAGAUCUAACACUGAGGGACCAUGUCGUAAUUUCCCAGACACCCUUCUGAAGCAUCUGGCUGGAGAGUCAGACUUUGAGAAAGUGAAGCCAAACCGCUCUAUCUACAUGGUCUUAUGCAGUUUUCGAGAUCUGUGCUCUUUGCUUUGGAUGCUGCAUGCCAGGGAUACCCUAUCCCAAAACCUGCGCAAGCGAGAGAAGUUUCAAAGUCAGCUAGGAUACCAAAAUCUUAAAAAGAGUGAGUGGGAGAGAGAGAAGCAGACAGAGUGGCUGAGUUUGUGCUGGCAUUGUCUUCAAUGGGCAGCUCACAUGUUGCCAUAUACACGCUUUCUGCCUGACGAGUCCAGCAUUAACAAAGUCCUGUUGUCUAUGCUUCUGGAAUUGGUUCCUUCCAUGGAAGUGGCUGACCUUAUGGCAGAGUUCUUUCAUGACAUGACUGAUGUCCAUCCUGACGUGCAGGAACGCCUAGACAAGAUCUUGUUUGAUUGGCAGAGCAUCAUCUUGAAGCCAGAAGAUGAUGGACGGUCAGUGAGGAACUCCCGAGACAGUAAUUUUGAGGGGAAAAAAUCUGUAACAUUCCAUGAUGCUAGCCCUAGAGGAGAGUCACUUUCUAUUUACUUUCACAAGCAGCAGCAGGUGGGAAAAGUCUUGAGCAAGAAGCAGAAAUGCUUUGGGGCAUAUGAAGAGUAUGUGUUUGCCAAAGGUAUGGAGCAGCCAAAGAAGCUGCACAUUGGAUCCAGGCCAGCUGAAACUAAGCUAUCCUACUUUGACUUCUUGGAUACUUUCUGUGCUAUCAGCUUCAGUAAGGUGCUGGAAAAGCAGGAGAGUAAAGACAGGAUCUCGUGUCUUCCUCUUCUAAACUGCCUGUGUGGUGAUCUUGUCAACCAAGAGAUGAACUUCUUUGUUGAGAGCGUGGCUGCACAAGCCUAUAAGAAGCAGAGUCACAGAUCUACAUCAAAGUCAAAACAACAUGUUUACCAAAAUGAAACUGCAGCUGAAAGUCAUCAUGUGCAAGCGUUAGGCCCCACAGGUUUUUUCAGGGAAGGUAAAGUCUUUGACUGCCCACCUGAAAGAGUCCAUGCGUUGGUCAUAGGAGACAGAAAGCAGCAAGAGAUAGCACCCACCUACUUAACACCCCGAAGGUCAAGGCAAUCUUAUCCAUCACCAAGGCAAGAGCAGCUACUAGGUGCAGCCAAUCAGCAGUGGAGUCUGACAGUCAAUUUUGGAAAGCGCUACACUCGCCUUCAGCAGCUUCUAGAAUGGCUGGAGGUGUGGAGCAACAAGCAACACAACUUUGGUUUGGGACCUUUUGAGGCCAAACUGGAGAUGAAGCCAUCCAUGAAGCUACAGAUACCUGCCCAGCUGAUUUUGUUGCCACUGUGGCUACUCGAGCACAAAUACACAGAUACCAUACCUAAAGGUCCAGGCAGCCUGCAGCAUAAUGAGCGCCACCAUGGAGACCACAGUAGACUUAUGAGUCAGUCAGUCUCUCCUGGUCUCCAGCCUGGGAAGAAGCUUGUCAUUCCAGCUGAGUCCAGAGUGAGGUCAAAGAUAGAGUCCAGCCCACCACCAGGAUCUAAAGGAGUAAAGCAGACAGAGCAAAGAGAGCUUCACCUGUCAUUGCCUCUGUCCACUUUCAGAGAGAAGGAGAUCCGCACGGCUUAUGAGCAAGUCCUGGAUGGCCCAGAUGAUAGCAGUUCCCUUCUUGUGAGUUCUUUAGCAUCUGAUGAACUGCCAGAUGACCUGCAGAAGGCUCAGCAAGGGCAAGAUAAUGAUGAACUUAACCAUACCGUUUUCCUGGAGAGGAUUCAGUCUCCACCAGAUCGGCCACGUAAUCCAACGCCUCGAUCUUUAGCCAGCACCCCAGCUCUUCUGAGCCAUAGUCAUGCCUCCACAAGUCCUAUACACAGGUCUGCAAGUACAUCACCUGUGCAGAUCCAGCACAGCACACCACUACACAAACCUCAUGGUCCUACUGGUGAGCCUGAGGACAGCACAAGCAUGCCUGCUCCACCUGGAGAGGGAGGUUUGGCUCAGCUUCUGCAGCAGGUGAUUCGUAAGGAGAUGAGAAGAAUGGUGCAGAUUCAGCAACACAGCUUGGCAGCUAUGAUGGGUGCUAUAGAUGGAGACACCGAGGCUAGCGUUCCCCAGCAGGUUACUGUGAACCAGACUCAUCUGCCUCCAAAGAGUAAUCCUCCACAUUCCUCACAAGGCACAAAUGUGAGACAGGCUCUGACAGAGUUACAUAACCUUCAGGAGCAGACCUCUCCAGCAGCCAGGGACUAUUCCAGAAAUAUUGAGGAGGAGAUAAUACCAACUGCAGCUGGAGGCUCCCUUCAUAUGUCAGCUCUGACCAGAACCAGAUAUCAAACUGAGGAUCGUGAGAACAUUUUUCCCAGAGCAGAUGGUGUCCAGACUUUUCUGCGCCUCCCUGCUGAACGUGAACAAGAUGGGUUUCAGCUUCCUCCAAUUCCAUUGCCACCACAUACUUAUGGAUCACAGAAGCAAGGCCCCCAAGCAGAUGCUGGUCCUUUUCCCUUGUUGCGACUGUUAACAGGUCCUCCACAGCAUUCCCUCAUUACUCCACCUCCUCCUCCUCCAGUCAUGCCAUUCAUGGCGCCACCACCUCCCCCUGCUCCAGUCAUGCCAUUCAUGGCGCCACCACCUCCCCCUGCUCCAGUCAUGCCAUUCAUGGUGCCACCACCUUCCUAUGAGCAAGCGUCACAGCUACAACCCCUGCACUUUAACCUUGUGCAGCCAGGAGCAGACAGAUCAAAAGCAAAACUGGAGAGAGAAAGGGAUGGGCUCAUUGGCCUCCCCUUGUUACACUUCCCAGUCACCGGAGUGUCACAGACCACCCAGGGAUCCCUUUUUGGAAGACUGGUGCCUCCUGAGUAUCUGACAGCUCAGAGGGAAGAACAGGAAAAACAGGAAGCAGCCAAGAAGCGGCUCUUGGAUGACUUUCACCAGCAGGUCGCUGCCUUGCAAGUGCCUGCAGAGAUGGAGAGGAAUCUGCUACAGGAGGACAGAGAGCAGACAGAGAAAUCUCAUGAUACUCAAAUAAAGAGAACUGGUCCAGUGAAGAGGAUGGUUGGCACAAGAGAUAAAGCAGGAACGACAACACCCACACCCCAAGAAUCCACAGCCUCAACAGACAGAGAAGCUACAAGGGCUUCUGGCACCUCAUCAGAUGCUAAAUCAAGCCAAUCAGAACAUGAGGAAGAAGCAGAAAAUGUUACAAUCCAUGAUGGUUAUGCCAUUCCACCAGGGGCUUUUGAAGGCUAUGAGGAGAUGGAAGGGGAGCUUGGAGUGCCAGCAGACACCAACACACGUUUCCAGUACAAGAUGGCACAGGCAAUGAGACGACAGCUUGAAGCAGAGAAAGAGCGGUGGAUAAGGCAGAGACUGGUGGACUUCUCAGUCAACAUUCCAAAGAAAGCAGAUGCAAGUGUUGAUGUUCAGAGGUCGUUUGAGUCAGUACAUUCUGCUGAAGCCUCCUCAUCUGUCACAAGAAAUGCAGGUGUAGAUCCUGUUCGGGAGGCGUUCGCUGAAUUCAGCAGCAAAAGACAGGGAGUUGCUGUGCCCCCAGAUAUUUAUAUGGGACUUCGUUUUGUUGACGGUCACCAUGAAGCUUCUAGUAUGGCAGAUGGUGUGCCUAAGGGCCGUGCUUUCUUAAAUGUGGUUGAUGUUCGUGCAUCAUCAAUCUUGCGUGACAUACCAGAACGAGACCAGGCUGGACUAGUGUCUGACACUGGUCAUAUCACAUCUGACGCUAUAGGGUCAGCUGAGGCAAGCUUGAGAGCACAACUAGAGCCAGAAAAGCGCAGACAUCAUGAUGGUGUGACAGUCAGAAUGUUUGAACGCCACACUGCAGGCGAUGACAGGGUUUCAGUGGCAUUGCUGCCGCGGUCUAGUGUGCGAGAAUCCAAGACAUCCCUUGUGCAGCAGCUACGAACUAUGAACGAUCAGAUUGCAGCUGUUGAAGAAAUGUCACAGAACAUAGAAAAGGAUUUCCGUAACUCAAAGAUGAUCUUGGAGACUCUGCAAACAAUAAAUGAGUCCUAUCAGUCUGUUGACAUUUCCCAUACUCUCAAAGACGGUGCAAAGAUAGAUCAGACUGAUGCAAUGGAAGAAGGUCGUUCAUCAAAGACUCCCGCUGCCAAAAUAUCAGGCGGUUCACCUCUCAUCAGUGCUAGAAUGACUAGCAGGUCUCAAACUUCUGUCCACUCCAAGAAGUCUGACAUUUCCCACAGUGGUGGCAUGAGUCACUUGUCCAAUGCCAGUGGUAUGACUGACAUCAGUGACAUCAUUGGAGAGGUGCUUGCAGAAGGAGGGGUAGACCUGCAGGCAGCAGGACUCACCCAAGAAGAGGCUGAGAUGUUGGCAAAGCGUGCACAAAGGAAACACCGGUCAAAGUCACCGAAGACAAGUCUGGAGGAGCUAAAAACACACGUCACAACAAGAGAUCGCAAAGAUCUGGGAAACCUUUCAGAGUGGCGACGUGAAGAGAUUCAUCAGUGGAUGGCUGACAAGUAUGCUAAACGUCAAAGUGAAUAUAUCAAAUAUCGAACAUCCUUGAAAGAGCAAGAAGUCAGGCCAUAUCGAUCUCCAGAAAAAACUCAAGUUGGAAGUCGAUCACUGCGUACCUUGGAGCAGGAGCGGCAGCAGAAGAGAAUGAUGAAGGAAAAACAAGACAUCCAUCGUCGUAUUUUGGAUGCUGAGUAUCUAAUUGGCAGUGCCAUGACUGAUGCAGCUCUCGUCUUGUCCAAACUUUCACGUUCCAGAUCUCAUUCUCCAAAAUCACGGUCUCGUUCCCAAUCUGCCUCACCAUCACGGUCCAGAUCACCUGCCCAGAUGAGGUUAUUGUCAGGUUCUCAUUUAAGACCUCAACAAAAUGAGUCAGCAGCCUCUGCAUGGGCAAUGUCUGAUCAGAGAGGAAGAUCAAGAACAAGACCCACCUUGGAUCAAACAUAUCGAGUAUCUUCGCACCGAAGGGCAUUCACACAGCAGCUUCAGCCAAAGCCUGUGCUGGAGGAAACAGAGUUUGAGGAUGCAGAUGAGCAGGCAGCCUACUCAAAGAGAGAUCUGACAUCUUAUGUGCAGGCUAUGGAAGAUUUGGAAAACAAUAUAGAUGUCAUGCAAGGCAAGGAGAAUACAAAAAUCAAAGCGGAUCAACCAUCAGCGAAGCCAGUCAAGGUUUACAAACCCAAGUCGUUUCAAGAGAUGGUACGACUGCAGAGGCCAGAGAUUACAAGGAUGCAACAACCUACACAGCCUCCACCUGAAAAGUACAUACAUCAGGUUCUAGCAGAGAAGGCUGCACAAAGAGCACAGUCAGCCCGCAUGGAGAAAUCAAGAGAAACAGCAAUCAGAGAACCACAGAGACCAAAGACAGCUGAUGGCAUCACAAAGGCUGCAAUAUCUAAGGCUGCAACACCACGGCAAGUGAAAAGUUACACUGAGCGACUUCAAGAAAUGAAGCUUAAACAGCGCUAUGCUACUCCCAUUAUUCCCAGACGGCACGUCCCUGAGUCUGUGUCUUCUCAGUCUGCACGGUCAUCCACGCGCAUUCCGCGACGUCGAACUGGCCCACCACACAAACCAAUGACUUAUGUGGAACAGCUGAAAAAGCUAAAUGCUGCUGCGGCUACCACUAAGAGACCUGGUCAGAAACGUGGGACAACAAACUAUUCCAAGACAUUACUGCCUUCGCGCACUGCUCCUCAUAAGCCCAAGACCUAUACACAGCAGCUUAAAGAACUGAAUGCACCAUUCAAAAGAACUUUCCGCUCAACAGCUCGGGCGCCAUCAGCAUCAAGCUCUUCACGUGCAAGACCGUAUGGUGAUCCAUAUCGUGUGGCUAGCGAGAGUCUCUCUGUACUUAGUGACUGGAGUGUUGAUGAGAAUAUCCGCAGACUUAUCUAUGAUGAUUCACAAAACUCUGUGGGCUAUUCAGUAGACGAACUAAACAGUGUUCCAGCUUCUGCACGCAACUUAGCAAUGGCACCCUCGGAGGCAGGGGCCUCUGAUUACUAUGAUGUCAUCAUGGGCGGAAGUGAGCCUGACCUUCUCUUGGACUACCGUGACUCAGUGGACAUCAGCGAGCUGGAGAGGAUUGCAGAAGUCAUGUCCGUGGGCAGUGGGAGUGUUCUCAGCGUCGUUGACUGGGAGGCUGUGGACAAAUUAAUUGAAGAUGUCUGAACUGUAUCAGAAAACGGUCAGAAAAUUUUGUUAAGAUUUACAAGAUUAAAUGCUUGUAGAAGACAGAUUGUGUAUACAUAUAAAUGCGCAUGAAGACCUGGUUAACACUAAAUCCUUUGAAAGGUGGACUUUUUCAAAAUGUUUUGUCUCAAGAUUUGAUUUUGAGAUUUGUUUGUGAUUUAAAAUCAAGGUUCUGACAUUGAAUGUUUUAGGAUGCUUCAGCUUUAUUUACCUACUUAUUUCUUUCAUCUUCAUUUGCUUUCUCAGGCCAUGGGGCAGCCUUUAGUAUCCACUUCUUACUCCUCUCUCCACCCCUUGUCUCAUUUCCAGUUAUUUUUUAAGGUAAUAUUUUUUAUAGAUGCAUGGAGUAUUUGCUUUGGGAAGCAUCCAUAAAGUACAUGUAAACCUUAGUACUUUGCCUGAUUGUUGCUGUUAAAACAGGGAAAACAUUUUUGUUUGUCUUUAAAAAUGGGUGUUAAUUGCUUUACAAGGUGUAACAAAGUAACCUUAUUUUAAUUUUUUAGCACAUUAUUGACCCUGUCUCAUAAAAGUAAUUAGUGACAAGUGAAUUUCCAGGUUUCAGUGGGCUAAUGUUUUCUGUCAUUUUAGUGUGUUCCUAAUUAUUUCUUAUAAACAUCAAAAUAUUGUAAAUAAAUAUGUAAUAGUUUAAAUAUUAACAGAAGCUUACAUUUCCUGCCGUCCACAGAUGAUGUACAUCAAAUGUAAUUAGAUUGAAUAACUGUUAUUGCUUCCAAAAAAUGGUUGAUUUUUGAAAGUCAGUUUUGUUACAAAUAUGUAUUACAUGUGUGUACUUGA